AACUGCCACUUCGACCGGGAGUCUAUCGUCAGUUGAGACUUGCCAACGCGACUUACCACGAUCUCGAGCUCCCGCUUAUUUCUUUAAUUUUGUGAGUGCGUGAGUUGCCUUGUGCGCAAUAUUGUCAGGGUGUGUGACUUGUGAUCCGUCGACUGAACGUAAUCUGUGACGCUAGUAGAGGACGAACGCGCUCCUUUGGGGUGUUGCACUACAUAGAGCCACAAACCGGCUCCAUUAGCGUCAUUGCAGCGAGGGUUGCCCCAUCUCUGAUAAGCGUUUGCUUACCCGAAACGUCUCUCAUCCGCCUGUGUUUCUGUUUACGCAUCGUUUGGGCAAGCUUGACGAGAGACGAAGGCAUACGGAGUGGACUAGUGAAGCGUAAAAACGAAGAGCGAGAGAGACAGAAGAGGUGACUGAGUGAAAAAGAAGGAGAAGGGAGAGAAAGCACAGAGGGACAAGGCAGAAAAGUGAUUCUAGUGCGGUCAGUCAUAGUGUAGAAGCAGGGCGCACAUGCUGAGCAGACGAAGAGUGAGGACCGUAGUAGUAGUCGUAGUAAGAAGACAGCGACAGAACUGCCGCCACCACCGUUGCAGUAAUGAGGCCCUGGACGAGCAGGACUAUCGUGCUGGGCAGUAUAGGGCUCACCCUCUUGCUCGUCGGCGCUGCCGUUUACUUACUCAGAAAUAUCCUUUUUCACGCCGUUAUACGUAGCGCAUUAACAUUAUCACCAAAUUCAGGGAGUUACAAAUUGUGGGAAGAUACAGAAUCGAUGCAAACGCAUAUGGAUAUUUACUUUUUCAAUUGGACCAAUCCCGAUGAUCUGAUGGACCCUACCAAAAAACCAAUCUUAGUGGAGCUGGGCCCAUACAGUUUUAGAGAAAGGAGGCAGAAAGUUAACGUAACAUUCCAUCCAGAAAAUAGUACAGUCAGUUAUUUACAGAAACGAACAUGGUUGUUUGAUAGUUCCAGAAGUAAUGGCUCGUUAGAAGACAAAAUUUUACAACUGAACGUUGUGGCGGUGUCAGCAGCUCAUAAAAUUCGAUAUUGGCAAACUAUGAUACAACAAAGUUUAUCAUAUUUACUUAAUCAAUUUUCGAACAAAAUUUAUAUCGUAAAAACAGUCGACGAACUUCUCUUUACGGGCUUUGAAGAUAAAAUUAUUACUAUGGGGAAGAUGUCCGGAUUGGAUGAGGAUUCUCCGCCAUUUGAUAAAUUUGGAUGGUUUUAUAUGAGGAAUGGAUCCACUGAUUUUGAUGGUUACAGCAACGUUGCUACUGGCGAAGAUGAUAUUUCUAAACUAGGAUCUUUAAUGAAUUGGAAUUACAAAGAUACAACGAAAUUUUUCAGUACCCCUUGUAAUGUGAUAGAAGGAAGUGCCGGAGAGUUUUGGCCGCCAUAUAGAAAUAAAGAUGAUAUUCGUCUUUUUACACCAGACAUCUGCAGACCGGUUACCUUCGAAUAUGAACAGACUGUCACUAACAAAGGCAUAGAAGGUUACAAGUUUUCAAUGGGUAAGACAACUCUCAGCAAUAAUACCAGGCGACAGUACCCGCACGAGCAGGCCAAAUAUUUUACGCCGACAACUACUACGGAAGAUUUCUUUAAUGCCGAUCUAACAACUGUGAGGCCAGAAAACGAGAAUGAAGAUCCAGAUGUGGUGAAUGAGGGCCAGUGCUUUUGCAAUGGUGAAUGUUCACCAUCGGGUAUUAUCAACGUAACAUCGUGUCGCUACGGGGCUCCAGGCUUCAUAAGUUUGCCUCAUUUUCAUAAAGGCGAUCCUGUUCUCAGAGAUCAAUUUAUUGGAUUGAAUCCUAAAGAAGAAAGCCAUAGCUUUUACUUGACUUUGGAGCCGACGACUGGCAUUCCAAUAGACGUAGCGGCUAGACUUCAAAUUAAUAUUUUAAUGCAACCAUCAAAAACUGUAGCAUUAUUUAAGGAUGUUCCUACUCUAUACUUUCCAAUGUUCUGGUUCGAUGUUAGAGCUGGAAUACCUGAUGAUAUGGUUGACAGUUUUAAAAUACUUCUAAAUUUGCCGAAUAUUUUAAUGUAUAUCGGACUAGUAUUUAUGUUUGUUGGUUCUCUUGUCCUAUUUUGCGUUGCAAUUAUGGGCUACAUCAGCAAUCGCCGUCGACUCUUACAAAUUAAAGCUGACAAGUCUGAUACUCUUGGAAAAAAAACAGAAAUGGUAUACAUGGAUAAAACAGGAGUCAGCGAGGAUGCCCAAACCAGAGCUGAUCGUCGGUUGUUUCCGUAUCCGAAAAUCUAGUGUAUUGCUAGUAUUUUAACUUGGUUUGUUAAUUUUUUGGAGAAAGACAAUACUUUUUAAUACAAAUUUUAUAUGCGAUAAAAGAUUUAUAAACGAAGCAAAAAUAAGCGUUUACGUGUAACGUUCUGUCUCAAAUGUAAGUGUAGUGACAUUGAAAUUAUGUAUUAAGCUUACGAGCUAUGAACUGCAAUUUCUGAUACAUUCAAAUAUAGUCGUACAUUUACUGUUGUUACAGAUACGCUAUUUUAUUGUUUUGAGCUAAAAGCUGAAACGAGUACCGAAUUAGUUUAGACAAAAUAUAAUUUAACUUACUUUGUAUUGUAAUGCUUUAGUUCUUAAAUUGAAGUUAUGAUAUGAUUCUAUAUAAAUUUUUAAAUCAUGACAAUUUUGAAAUAUAUAAAUUCGAUUAAUUAUAAUCAGACAUUUUAUAAUUAAGUUAUUAAGGAAGUAAAAUACUCUGACGAAAGUUACGUGUGAAUCAUUGUUCCACUUACAUCAAUUUGAUGUAGUAUGUAACUAUUUGUAAUAGUUAAGGAAGAGCCUAAUUUUUAUUUACAGAAGAUCAAUAAGAAAAGUGAUACUAUAAAUAGUUUUUCAGUAAGAAAACUUUAAUAUCCGUGGACCAAGUGUUACUCGAGUAUUGUAUUUUUACAAAUACUACGAAAUAUAUAAGAAUAUGAAUGCUGAUAUGUGAGUCAAUUAGUGUAAAAAUAAUUUUAGUUUGAUUAAUUACAUUUUUUAUUUUCAUAAGUUGUUCAUUGAAUGACGAAAAUAUGGACUAAUGAUGGACCUUAGUUAUGUUGAAAUCAUGUUGAAAUAUUUACGACUUGAAGGACACUGUAAUACCGCGUAAAACCUUGCUUGCAGAGAUUUUCAAUUCUUAUGCUGAAAGUACUGUCACAUAUAAAAUAUUUCACGUACAACUUAUAAUAUCUUAGUAAAAUAGUUGAAUGAUAAAAGAAUACAAUUCUCUAAAAACAGUAACAAGUUACAGUGGCAUUUAAUCGUAAACAUUACAACAUUCAUGGAAGAAUAUUGUUUGGUUAUUUAUAGUUUGUCUCUUAUGUUAAUUUUGAUGUUUUUAAGCACAGUUUCUAUUGUACGAAUCGGAAAGUUUAUUGUAUUGAAAUAUUUGGCAAUGCCACUUAACAGAUCUUGAAGGAUAUAUCAAUUUCCUGUGUGACAACUGUUUCGAGAAGUUAAUCGUGCCUUGAAUUUUGAUAAAGAGUCGAGGUCAAUAAGGUAUAUGAUUUCAAUAUGAGUGACUUGUAACAUAUUGUGCCGUGCCACACAAUGCCAUUUAUAAUAUUAAACAAUUUUGGCAAGUUUUAUAAAAUUUAAUCGUUAAUUUUAUAAAAAUAUUAAAAAAAUGAAAUACUAGGCAUGCUUGAACAGGUUCUUAUUACCUAUUGAUUUGAUUGCCAUGUCAUGUAUGAAAAUGUUGACGUCAAAACUGGCAACUACAGAAAUUCCUUUGUUUAAAUUUUUAUCCAACUAUAUCGAUUACAUAAUAAAGUGUUGCCAAUGUCUACCAUUUGAUAUUGAAAAAUAUCAUUAAUUCUUUCUUGAAUUGCUGAAAAGAUUAACAAUAUUUAAUAAUUCAAUUUAAUAUCGAUAGUUUAUAACAGUUUACUGCAAUUCAAACUUUACGUGGUGAUAUUAAUUUUUAUAAUCAGAAAAUUUUUUAUAUUCUUUAAUCGACUUGAUAUCGAAUGUUAGCCAUCAAAUUUUAUUAAAUAUCUGAAUCGUCUGAAUACAUUAAAUCAAUAUCUUAAAUAACCUUGGAUAUGCAUUUCCCAAUAAAAAAUUAUUCAAUGAA